AGCGCUUGUCAAACUUCAUAUUUUUCCUCCUUGUCUCCUUUUCCCACUUCGUUCCUUUCCUCUUUAUUCUUUUGUCAUGUCUGAAGAAUUCAGAGAGUUCUACUACCACCAACCCUUUCAUGAUGAUCAACGCCGGGUUUCUGGUGGCGCCACCAACUUUCUAUACUCCGCCACCGCCAACUCUUCCGCUGACGACUCAUCAUCACUUCAUCCACAAUAUCUGCAAAUGUUUGAUCCUUCAUACCUAAGCUUCACCGAGUUUCUGCAUGGAUCCGCCCAUCACAACUCACUCUCCACCACCUUUGGCUCAACUUCCGAGGCGGUCUCCGCCCUCAAAGAAGAGGAUAAACCGGUUGUGGGAGGCGGCGAAACCCCAGCUACGCCCAACUCCUCCAUAUCGUCCGCCUCCACUGAGGCGGCGGCAGGGGAUCAGGAGGAUUCAAACAAGGGCAAGAAAGAAAGUCAGGUGAAGGAAACAGCUGAAGAUGGAGAAGACACCUCCAAGGGUAAAGCGAAGAAGAAAGGAGAGAAGAAGGAAAGACAGCCAAGAUUUGCUUUCAUGACUAAAAGCGAGGUUGAUCAUCUGGAAGAUGGAUACAGAUGGAGAAAAUACGGGCAGAAAGCAGUCAAGAACAGCCCUUAUCCGAGAAGCUACUACAGGUGCACCACUCAAAAGUGCCCGGUGAAGAAACGCGUGGAGAGAUCAUUCCAAGACCCUUCCGUUGUGAUCACCACAUACGAAGGACAACACAACCACCACGUUCCGGCGACUCUCCGUGGGAACGUAGCCGGAAUGUUCGCCUCUUCCAUGCUAUCUCCGGCGCCGCCAUUGACACUGGACGGUCACAGCUUCCCUCAAGAGCUAUUAGUUCAGAUGCCCCACCUCUACAGUUACGUCGACGGCGGGAGUACGAGCAAUUUGUAUCAUCAACAGCAGCAGUUCCAGCAGUUUCCUGUCGACUACGGUCUCUUGCAGGACAUAAUUCCACCUGGAUUUCCCAAACAGGAGCCCUGAUCGAUCCAUGAGACAUUCAAUAAUUCUAACACGUACUGGAGAAGCCAGCAUUUUUAGUUACAUAUUUCUUCCUCUUAUCUCUCUUCUGACCAGACACUGCUGCCUUUUUCGAUACAUCGACAUGGCUAGUAUUUAUAUGCUUUGUUUACUUGCAUCCUCAUCCCCUCAAUCCCAUUACUUCUCCUGUACUAUAUAUAUAAACAGUCAUAUUUAGUGUAUCAUUUCAUGUUAUGAAUUAAUCUAGGUUUUAAUUAUGUUAA